GCUGGUGGUGUAGCUGGGUGGUGGGUUGUGUAGUUGGGUGGUGUAUCUGAGUGGUGGAGCUGGGUGCUGUAGGUUGGUGGUGUAUUUGGGUCAGGAUGAGGGUGUGUGUUUUCUGUGUGUUGGUGGUCGGGCUGAAGCUGGGAGUGUAUCGGGGAUACACACUUGCAGAUAACUGCCCAAUCCAGCUUUCCCAUGAUUCCCUGCUGGUGGAAUAUGGUAAUGCUGUUAAAGUCAACUGCUCCCUAACGACCACACUUAAUGAACCCUACAUGCUGGGCUGGGAGGCUGUGAUUAAUCCAGUAGAACCAGUACAAGACACCACCAGUACAGUGUGGAGUGUUUCCAGUCUGACGGAUUGGGAGAUUAACACAAAAGAUAUAUUCUGUUUUCUGACUGUUAUCGGUGGAACACAGUGCGAGAAGCCCUUAAAACUCAACCUCUACAAGCGUGCGGACAGUGUGGUGAUAGUUCGUGAUAAUGGUGAUUGGUCAGAAGGUGAGCAGAGGAAGCUGAAGUGUGAGAUUAAGAAUGUGGGUCCAGUCAGUAAUCUUACAGUGCAGUGGACCAGACUGGACCAAAACCAAACCAGAACCAUCAGGGAGUCCAGGAAUUUCACCAUUUCUAGUAGAAUGGGGGAUGUGACGGACACUCUGGAGGUUUGGACCAGUCCAGAAGAAGAUGGAGUCCAGUAUCAGUGUUCGGCUCUACUGGACCUGAUCCAGUUCAAACAACAACAAGUGGACGAAUCCCAACCCUUCAACAUAACCGUACUCUAUAAACCCAUCAUAACAGGGCCGUCUGCUGCCACUGUAUCCAAAACUGCGGGCGACGCGCUGACGUUUUACUGUUCGGCACGAGGAAAACCGAAGCCUCAGUUUACCUGGACCACAGGUAACUCAAACAUCACACACUCCCCCCUCCUCAACAUCAGCAACGUCCAGUCAGAACAUCAGGGAAAUUACACCUGUAUCGCCUCCAACAGCAAAGGCUCCGCCUCCGUGACGGUGACGGUUAACGUUUCAGACAGCUCCUGGUGGAUCAUCAUCGUUUGUGUUGUGGUUGCCGUGGUGUUGCUGCUGAUAGCUGGACUGUUCGUUUACUUCAAGCCUUUCCAAAGACGUGGAGGUCCCGUCUGAACAUCCAGGAUCAGAUUUUAACCCUUCGAUUGCUGUUUCUGAUUCUGUGCUUCAAAUAUAGUGAAAAUAUAUCAGAUAUGUUUAUUUACAGUAAACUAAUAUUUUAAUAAAAGCAUUAUGUGUUCAAUAUAACUAAUUUAGUGAUUAAUGUAACAAUAAAAUAAAUAAAUAAAUAAAUAAAAGUGAA